AUUGGAUUGAACUGUCCAUUUAAUGUUGUACAAUGUUUUUCUUUUUCUUUUUGAAACCGUUCCUGUAUUGUACUCAAUGAAACUAGAUUGGUCUCAAAUUUGCGUUUCUUUUUUGCAGGUAUUAUUAACUAGAGCUAGAGUUACAAGUGAUUCAUAAAUUUUACAGUGUUGCAAGUGAUAAUUCUGUCAAAGAUGUGGAGUUCAAAAGUAUACAGCAAGAGACAACCACAUUUAUUUGGUUGUGAAGAUCAAAGUAGUCAAGACCAUACGAAAAAAUUUCAUGAUAGAGUGAAGAGUAAUAAUUUUGUGAUAAGGGAGGUUCCGAUACAGAAAUUAUUCAACGUAGACAAUUGUACAGAUAAUUCUUCCAGCGACUUGUCGGAUUUCAUCAAAAGCAAUAAUUUUUCUUCUACAAGCAUGAAUGUCCUAGACUACAAUAUGCCUGAGCUGGUUGUUUUUAUUCAAGAGGAUCAACAACAAUAUGUAAAGGACAUUUGCAUCGAUAGGGAAGUUUUACCAGAAAGAAAGUGUGACGUGAAUAGCGAAAGUGAUUUAAAUCAUGAAGUAAUGGAAACAAUAUCAAGUAAUUCAUUUGGAUCAGAUUCAGAAUGUUCCUCUCAACAUAUUUCCUUUAAGGAAGCUAUGAAAGUGCAUGGUUUCAGAAACUUGAUGAAAAGUGAAAUGGAGCUUGAUUUAGGAAACAGGAUUUCCAUUGAUCAACACUUCCCAAGCAGGACAGCAUCAGAGACACUUAGAGAGGCUUUCCAAAGGGAAAGAAACUUUUCUAGGUCCUUUGAGAAUUGGCAGAGAACAAGUGGAAGCAGAGUGGAGUUUCCACAUAGCAGAGAGUGUUUACAAGUAACUGACUCAAACAUGUAUAGACCUGAUAUAAGUUACUUACAAAGUAUAACAAGUUCAGACAACAAACAAGUUGAUGAUCAUCAAGAGACUUCAAAUAGUGCCUCGGACUCUCAAUCUGAUCAAACAUCAUGUACUUGUCAUGCAAACACCUCUAGCAUUGCCUCUCAUCAAUCUAAUGAUAGCAUAAGCAGUUCACACUCAUUUUCUUUUCCCGUAUUACCUGUGGAAUGGAGUGGAAGCCCGGUGAGAAUGAUGGAAGCUGAUAAAAGUCAAUCAAGAAAGCACCGAUGGAGGAAGAUGUUGUUUCCAUGUUGCGACUGUGAUGACUAAUAUUUUGCAGUUUAUCCAAAUCUUUUGGUCUGGAAUUUUUUGUGUGAUUAGAAUGAUAUGCACAAAAUUUACAAUAUAAGGGAAAGAAAAACACUCCAAUGACUUGAAAUUUUCAAUAGAUAGAUAGAGAGAGAAUGAAUAAAAUGUAACAUUUUAUAAAUCUUAUCGCUAUAUUUCUUCUCUCUUAUCUCUUUUGCUAAACAUACUCAGAGUGUAAAAACAUAAAAUAGAGAAAAUUGAUCUAGUUAUUACAUUAAUGAAUGUAUAAGGUUGACACUGCACUUACUUUUACUUCACCAGAAGGAGUUCUAAUGACAUCUCAGGACACCUAUGUUUGUACUUGUACUAAUCCUAUUAA